CAUCCUUCCCAAGAUGGCGAUGCACCUGCUCCCGCAGAGAUCCUCCGUCUCCGCUUAAACACUGAAAAAACAGAGAAAACAGUCCGAGUCCUCCAGCUGGCGGCGGCCGGGAAGCCUCUCCACAUGUCCACCGAGGAGCUGUCGGCCUCGGACAGCGAGGCGGCGCUGGCCGGAGCCGGCGAGCGCUGGGCGCCGGUGGGCGCCGUGGCCAGUCCCGAGGAGGACGAGAGCGGCUCGAGCGGCGGCCGCCGGCCGCGGCGCCGGGGCUCGUCGCCGGCCGGCGGGGAGGAGGAGGAGGAGAUGUCGGCGAGGCUGCGGAAGCUGGAGGAGGAGCAGGAGCUGCUGAACUCCUCUCUGCUCGCGCUCACGUCGCACUUCGCCCAGGUGCAGUUCCGACUCAAGCAGAUCGUGCACGCGCAGAGCGACGACAAGGAGCGGAUGCUGGCCGACCUGGAGGAGUUCGCCUUCAGGGGCUGCCCGCACGUGGUGGGCUGCCGGGCCGGGCCGGCCGACGCCUCCCAGCUGGAGAACUCGACGGAGCGGGAGAAGAGGGAGCGUCUGGAGGCUCAGAGGGAGAAGCAGAAGGACCUGAUCUUCCAGCUGAAGACGCAGCUGGACGACCUGGAGCGCUUCGCCUACCAGGAGGGCAGCUACGACUCUCUGCCCCAGUCGGUGGUGAUGGAGAGGCAGAAGGUCAUCAUCGACGAGCUGAUCAAGAAGCUGGACGUCAACCUGAACGAGGACAUCGGGAACCUGUCCCCGGAGGAGCUGCGGCAGAGGGUGGACGCCGCCAUCGCCCAGAUCGUCAACCCGGCGCGGGUCAAGGAGCAGCUGGUGGACCAGCUCAAGACGCAGAUCCGCGACCUGGAGAUGUUCAUCAACUUCAUCCAGGACGAGGUGGGGAACCCUCUCCUCUCAGGGGGCGGAGCCAGCCAGCAGCCGCGGGCGGCGUCGGGAGGCAGAGCGGCCGGAGUGAAGAAGAACGUGGACCCGGAGCAGGCUCAGCGGAUGCGGGAAACCGGCCUGCAGCUCAUCCAGAAGGCGCUCGCCGUGCUGCAGAUCUUCGCCGCCAGCCAGUUCGGCUGCGCGGCGGGCCGCGUGGCGCCGUCCUGGCCCCAGGACGCGCCGGGGCGGGACUACGGGCCGCUGCUGCAGCGGCUGGAGGCGGCGGUGGAGAAGGUGCGGGUGCUGGGCUCCCGCCGCCACCCGUCGGUGGACCACGUGGUCAGCUACAGCAGCAGCUACAGCGGCGGCAGCGCGCCGGCGGCCCGCGACGAGCUGACGGCGGCCGUGAGGAAGGAGCUGGCGGCGGCGCUCAAGGACCUGCUGUCGCACGGCCUCUUCUCGCCGUCGCAGACCAUGAGCCUGGUGCUGGCGCCCAUCUCCUGCCUGCUGCCGUACCGGCCGGCGCCGCAGGCCAUGCACCCCUGGGAGCUCUUCGUCAAGUACUACCACUCCAAGAACGGCAAGGAGUUCGCCGAGUCGCCGGCGCGCCAGCUGUCGCAGUCCUUCAGCCUGCCCGUCGGCGCCGGCCCCGUGGCCGUCACGCCCAAGCAGUCGCUGCUGUGGGCCGUGCACACCGUGCUGAAGGAGCACGGGCGCUACAAGCGCGGCCCGGACACGGAGUUCAAGGCGCUGGUGUGCAUGGCGCUCAACGAGCAGCGGCUGGUGUCCUGGCUCAACCUGCUGUGCAAGGCGGGCCUGGUGCAGCCGCACUACCAGGCCUGGAGCUACAUGGCCCAGACCGGCUUCGAGGGCGCGCUGCGCAUCCUGGGCCGCCUCAGCCACCUGCGCUUCCAGCUGCCCGUGGACCUGGCCGUGCGCCAGCUCAAGAACAUCAAGGACGCCUUCUGAGGCUCCCGGUGACCCGAUCCACGUGAAUCUCGGCUCCUUCAGACAGACCCGCCGCUCCAGACCCCCCGCUGUGAACCCCGCCUCCUCCAGUCUGGCCCCGCCCUGUUUACAGAACCACGCCCACGCUGCUGCCUGGCUGGGGAGAUGCCUUAGAACCCCCGCCUCCCUGACCUCCCCCAGAACACACACACACACACACACACACACACACACACACACACACACACACACACACACACACACACACACACACACACACACACACACCUGCUAAUGUGUAAAUGGAGAGCUGGGUCUCUGGAGUGCUGCUGCACAGGUAGAAGGUGCAGCCUCCCCACUUGAAAGGCUCGAAGGCCGUCUGGUCCCACUUCAUCCGGAGUGGAGCGCAUUAGCACAGGUCAAAGGUCAAGUCCGCCAAUCCCGUAACGCCAGGAAACAUUUGAUUUUCAUGUUUUUUGUUUGUUUUGUUUUUCUUCUGGGUGGAAAAUGUCCAGAAUUCUGUUUUUACAGUGACGGUUGAUGAUUCUCCCUCUGAAGCGACGCUCCACUUCCUCCCCCGGCUCUGUUUUACCUGGACCUCCUCCAGCCUGAGUGUUUCCUGUUUUCCUGUCAGUGUGGAGGAUUCUCUGGAAUUUGAGGUUAAAGACAUUUUAAAAAAAAAGGACCAGCUGAGCGGAGAGGAGACGGAUUUGACCCUGAAGGUGAACCAGACUUCAGACUCGUACAGUAAUCUCUACUGUAACGGUCGCUUCCUGUCGGACAGUCCGUUUGAGAUGGAUUGUCCUUGCCUGAAUCUCACGUAGCAGGCUGUCAGAAGCUCAGGUCCGCUGGAGAAGGAGAGAAGCUCCAGCGUUGUGAGUGAAACAUGCAGCCGUGGUUCCUGAACGAGCCGCCGCCGCCGCCGCUCUCCUCAGAAACCACAUGGUGGUAGGAUCAGUUUUUAUCUUCAGCUGAGCUGCAUGGAUCAUGUACUUAGUAACUGAAUGUACAAACCAUAGAUGCUAUUACGAUGUGUGUGUGUCCGUGUGUGUGUAGAUUCGUUUCUAUUCCCCGAUUCCAUUCCAUCUGCUUUUAUGUUCCUGUAUCGCUCCACGUUCCUUUGUCUCGUUUCAUUUUCUGUUCAUGUUAAGAUGAUAUUUAUUUAUUGUCCAGCUUGACGGUGACGUGGGAAGAACUCAGAGCUGCAUGUUCUUCCCACUGUAGCAGUUCAGACAAAGUCGACACACUGAAUCAUUUAAAUUGUGCAAUUUAUUUAAAGUUGAGAUAAUAUAUUGUUAAACACCACAUGAAUUGUGAUUGUUUUGAUUUUUAUCAUGUUUAAUGCUGUAAAUGAAUGAAUAAAUGAACCUCUGUGCUGCA